AUGACUUCGGAACCCCCCACAGGAUCGGGCGUGGAUCCCGAAUGGCUAUCAGAUGUGGAAGCUGAGUUUCACUUUACGGAUCGUGAUAACCUUGCAAGAACCCUCCGCGCCUUCUUCUACAACGCCCUAGAUCGCGAUCCCCUUUGUGACCAUACUGCCCUCGUUACAGGUUUUCCGAUCGAGAGCUUUGAUAUUGAUGAGGACGACUACGACGCCGUCGACGACGAAUCUGCUAUCCUACGACACCGCAAGGCGUUAUAUCUCACAGAUUCAAAAACUCUUAUUCUCACGAUGCCAAGCAGACCGCACGAAGAGGCUAGCCGGCGUCUGGACAUUCUCAUAGCUUCAAAACAAAACAAUAUGAACUGCGAGGAUGAACUUAGCCCUACCGGAAGAUGGACAAUAAUGGUAGGAAAUGUUUGUAAAGAACCGGACGCGUCGUGGGCUCCUCGGGAAGCUAACUAUCCUACUUUGGUAGUGGAAUCACUGUCAGCCGUCUCAGAGAGCAGCCGGGCUCUUGGCCGGGAUGCAAAGAUUUGGUUAGAAAACGAUGAUUCACAUGUAACGCAGGUCAUCACGAUCAAGAUUCACCGCACGAGACCAGAGAUUGUUUUUACCCUCUGGAGAAAAGCACCUGAGGGGACGGAUACCCAAACGCAGCAUCCGCCGCGCGCAGUGGUGGAUCAAGUAAUAGAUGUUACACUAGAGGAGGGGAGACCAAUGGCCGAUGGAAAUCUUUGCCUCUCCUUUGAAAAGAUUUUUGAACGACGACCACGGCCAGGAACAACAGAGGGUGAUUUGGUCUUCUCGGCACGCGAGCUCGGUGGGAUCGCCAGGGGGGUGUGGAAGGCGAUGGGAUUUGCAGUGCUGCAAUAG